AAUUCGAUAAUGAUGAGUACAAUCAGUACAUGUAGUGAAAGUACAGUUAGUACAUCUGCGUGAAUGUCUACAAAAAAAACUUCCAAACCAUCAAUCAAACAAUCUCAAGGUUCGGCCAUCGCCGGUGCUUUUGUUAUAAUAGCUUCUUCAGGUGAGAACUGUAAGAUGGGUAUGGAACAGGAGUCCGAGUGGAAUGCAGCUCAAAGUAUAGAAAUAAGUGAAGAUCUUGUGGCUGCUGCUAAGCUUCAGCUGAAGUUUCUUGCUGCUGUAGACAGAAACCGUUGGCUUUAUGAAGACCAAACCUUGCAACGGGCCAUCUACAGGUACAAUUCUUGCUGGCUUCCUUUGCUUGCUAAACACUCCGAGUCUCGGGUCACAAACGGGCCUUUGGUUGUUCCUCUUGACUGUGAAUGGGUUUGGCAUUGUCACAGGCUCAAUCCGGUAAGAUACAAAUCCGACUGUGAAGAAUUCUACGGAAGAAUUCUUGACAACUGUAACGUUGCAUCCUCUGUUGAAGAAAUCUCAAGAGAAGAAACAGAAGAAAUAUGGAACGCCAUGUAUCCCGACGAGCCUUAUGAUAUCAACUCGACACGUUCGGAUAGAGUUCCAGAAAACGUCAACGGGUCUGAAAACUAUACUAAAUACAAUCUGGUUUUAGCUAUUAAAAGACAAAUACCAUUCUAUUACCAGGUGUCCAGACCCCAUAUGAACACCGAUCAGUUUCUUGAAGCAGCUGUAGCCAGAUACAAAGGCUUUUUGCACUUGAUCAAGCGAAACAAAGAGCGAUCCAUAACAUGUUUUUGUGUCCCGACUUACGAUAUCGACCUAAUCUGGCAUACACACCAGUUACAUCCUGCUUCCUACAGCAACGACUUGAUGAAAUCACUUGGAAAGAUUCUAGAACAUGAUGACACCGACCAAAACCGAGGCAAAGGUCAAAAGCUAGAUAUCGGAUUUUCUAAAACUAUCAAACAAUGGGAGGCGUUAUUCGGUUCAAGAUAUUGGAAAGCCGGAGCAAUGUAUAGAGGUAGUACACCUUCGCCUCUCACCGUCACUCCUUUCAUACCAAAACUCAUCGGCAAAGAGGUUACCGCACAUAACAAGUUUCAGAAGUUGAUCGAUCUUCCCGAAUCACACGUCAUUGAGGUUGUUUUGGAGUUUGUAGAGAUCGAAAAUUUACCGGAGACCUACAAGAAAAGGGUUUGCGUACAUUUUAGCAAGGCACAACCUGAUGGAAUCUUUGAUGUCAAGAGGAAGCUUAAUAUCCAGUCGGAAUUCGGUAGAAAGCAAGUUGCUACAUUCCAGUGUAAACCUACUGGAAAGCUUUUCUUCGAACUUGUUUCUGAUUCCACUUCCGACUUACUGCUACCCGAACCGGUCAAAACUCUAGGCUACGGUUCCAUCGCUUUAGAAGACUUAGUUUCUGAUCUCUCAGUGGAAAAGUGGUUGGAUUUAGUUCCAAGGUCCGACACUAUAAGUUCUGAUCCCGUUCGUUUAAAAGUAGCAGCCUCAUGUACAGUGCCAAUCCCGGCACCACAUGUGCUUAAGAUAGCCCGUACUUCCCGUCUCUCAAAGAGCUUCGUGACACAGGUUACGGAUGGAAAUGGGAAUGAAAUCAUUGGCCUUCAAAUGAGAGAGAUGAAAGAGCUCAUUGGCAUCACAAAAGAAGGUGAAAAAGUUAUUGGACAGUUAAUUGAGUCAGAGUGGUCUUUGAUGGAUUCGUUAUGGACCCUUAAAGUUCAGAAGAUGCUGCUCACCGGCCCUCACACGGUUAAACUGAUUCCUGGAAGAAAGUUGGAUUAUGAACCGAAGCACCACGAGAGGAAAACGAACAUACAUAAUUUCAUGACAGCGGUUGAGUUCUCUGCAGAGUAUCCGUAUGGAAGAGCGAUAGCAUUGCUUGAUGUUAACUCAGGGGAUUUGAUGGUACAAGAAGCGUGGUUUGUGUUACCGGGACUCAUGUUGGCUUUCAUAUUUUUAAACAUUUCAAGAAAGGAGACAGAAUUUAUGGCUGAGGAAGCUGUUUUUAAGGCUACGGUUGAUAAAGACAAAUUAGCAAGUGGUGGUUGUGGUAGUGGAUGUGGUGGUGGUUGUGGGAAUAUGGUCAAUAGUGGCGGCUGUGGUAGCGGAUGUGGAGGUGGCUGUGGGAAUAUGGUCAACAGUGGUGGCUGCGGUAGUGGAUGUGGAGGUGGUUGUGGGAAUACAAUCAGCAGUGGUGGCUGUGGAGCUGGCUGUGGUGGUGGUUGUGGCGGAUGUGGAGGUGGUUGCGGGAACAUGGUGAACAGUAGUGGUUGUGGUGCUGGAUGUGGUGGUGGUUGUGGCGGAUGUGGGGGUGGUUGCGGGAACAUGGUGAAAAGUGGUUGUUGUGGAGGAUGUGGUGGUGGUUGUGGCGGAUGUGGAGGUGGUUGUGGCGGGAGUACAAUGAAGAGUGGUUGCCUUGAUAACAUCACUGGAGGUCCAUCCAGCGAUGAACAACCAAUGCAAGUAGCAGCUCAUGCAUAAACCGUCUGUUUAUUAUGUAAAAUUCCGGCCUGAAACCCGAGUUAUUAUCAGCUUGCAAAUAAUUGAUGUAGUGCAUCAAGCAUGAAUAAGUGAGCAUUAUUGUGUAAAAAAAUUGUCUAUGUAUAAAUUUGUUUGUUUAUGGUCAUGGAAGUUGCAUUC